AUGGCGCUGUUCUGUGUCCUGCUUACACUGGCGCUCUUCUCGUACCUGGCAGUCUGUGACUAUGUUAUACCCAAGCCUCAGUAUGAAGAGAUAGUGGUCCCUCGUUUUGGCAAUGCCACACUGCCCUGUCAGUUCUCUUUUAUCGAGGGCACCUACGACUUGGGUUUCAGCUGGCAUCGAGAGGACAUUAUUGAAGAGAUCGAGGUGGAAGACCUCUACGCGUACAUCCAGCAGACAUAUGAGUACAAGGAGCCCCAGCUGGUCUACAGCUUCCACAAGGACAAGGAAGACUUUGAAGAACAGGACUACAAUUACCACGGCCGAGUGAGGGUGGAUACCUCGGAGGUUAGCGAGGGAGACCUGACACUUCACCUGACCAAUGUGGACUAUCCGGAUGAAGCUUUGUACACAUGUAAAGCAAUCAGCCCCCAUGGAAAGGGGGAAACCAAGCUGAAGCUCAUGAUACAAGAAGAAGAGGAGCCACCGGUAAAGAUGGAAACCAUUGACAAUGUGACGGUGGCUCAUUGUGUCUCUGCUGGUUGGUACAAAGUGCCCAUUGUGAGGUGGCUGAACCGUCGCGAGGAGGACAUCUCGGAGAACUCCACCAUGGUUGUGCUGGAGGAGAUGCAGAAUGGAAGUCACAGAGUCUCCUCAACUCUGACUGGGGUCAAGAGCCACGAGAUCUACCGUUGCCUCAUCCGGGACGUCAAGAAAGCACGGAGAACCCGCACUGUCUACAGGAGGCUAAAAAAGGGGGUGCUCAGGGAAUAUGGAGAGUUCUAAACCCGCUUCUCAACCUGACGGAUACUGAAAAUCCAGAGGAGUAGAAGACGCCCGGAGAUGUGAAGGAGACCACACACCCCAGCCAUGUCCUGAACUGUAGAAUAUAUCCUAUGAGUGCCCAGGAAAUCCAUAGAUGUGUGUACACCGUAUAUAUCUGCAGAGCCAACACUGUGAAUAUGUCUAGUACAGGUAGAGCGGCAUGUAUUGUAGGAGGGUCCAGGUAAAUCUGUGCAGUCACCGGGCGUCUUCUGUCCAUAAAUAAAUGAUACCUAACUCCGU